AUGGAGCCCCGGGUCUGCUUAAGCGCCUUGUGCUUACUCUUCAGUCUGGCUUCAGUUCUAGGCUUCGGCGUAGACCCCUCUGUGCAGAUCGACGUGCUGACCGAGUUACAGCUGGGAGACUCUGUGGCUGGAGUCUUGCAAGUGCAAGGACUGCACAACGGGAGCAAAGCUUUCUUCUUCCAAGGUACUUCAAGAAGUGUAAAAGCAUCUCCUGAGAAAGCUGAACUUUUUUCCCAGAAGCUAAGGAAUAAACAUGAAUUCACAGUUUUGGUGACACUCAAACAAGCUCGUUUAAAUUCAGGAGUUAUUUUUUCUUUUCACCACUUUGAUCAUAGGUACUUGGAACUAGAAAGCAGUGGUCAUAGAAAUGAAAUCAGAUUGCACUAUCGGUCAGGAAGCCAUCGGUCACACACAGAAGUGUUUCCUUACAUUUUGGCAGAUGACAGGUGGCACCGGCUGUCAUUAGCAAUCAGUGCCUCACACUUGAUUUUGCAUGUGGAUUGCAAUAAAAUUUAUGAGAGGGUAGUGGAAAAACCCUAUAUGGCAUUGCCGGUUGGCACAGCAUUUUGGCUGGGACAAAGGAACAGUGCACAUGGUUACUUUAAGGGCAUAAUGCAAGAUGUGCAAUUACUUGUCAUGCCUCAAGGAUUUAUUUCUCAGUGCCCAGAUCUUAAUCGCACAUGCCCAACCUGUAAUGAUUUCCAUGGACUUGUGCAGAAAAUAAUGGAGCUGCAGGAUAUUUUAGCCAAAACCUCUGCCAAGCUGUCGCGAGCUGAGCAGAGGAUGAAUAGAUUGGAUCAGUGUUAUUGCGAAAGAACCUGCACUAUGAAAGGCAUAACCUACAGAGAAUUUGAAUCUUGGACAGAUGGCUGUAAGAACUGCACUUGCUUGAAUGGUUCUAUCCAAUGUGAAGCACUGAUUUGUCCACUUACUGAUUGUCCACCUAAUUCUGCUCCUACAUAUGUUGAUGGCAAGUGUUGUAAGGAAUGUCAAGCCACGUGUGUGUUUGAAGGUAAAACCUACUUUGAAGGUGAAAAAGAAACUGUACAUUCAAACUCAGGGGACUGUAUUCUGUUUGAAUGCAAGGACCACAAAAUGCAACGUGUAGUGAAGUCAGAUUGUCCUACCUUGAACUGUCUUGAAUCUCAGCAAAUCUCCUUAUCUAAUAGUUGCUGCAAAGUUUGUAAAGGCCACAACUUUUGCUCUGAAGGACACAAGUGCUUGGAGAAUUCAUUCUGCAGGAACCUCAAUGAUAGGGCUGUCUGUAGCUGCCGAGAUGGUUUCCGAGCCCUUCGAGAGGACAAUGCAUAUUGUGAAGAUAUUGAUGAGUGUGCUGAAGGAAGGCAUUACUGUCGGGAGAAUACCAUGUGUGUAAACACACCAGGAUCAUUUAUGUGCAUCUGCAAAACAGGUUACAUCAGGAUUGAUGACUACUCAUGUACAGAGCAUGAUGAAUGCCUCACAAACCAACACAACUGUGAUGAAAAUGCACUGUGUUUCAACACUGUGGGAGGGCAUAACUGUGUCUGUAAACCAGGUUAUACAGGAAAUGGCACCGUGUGCAAAGCAUUCUGCAAAGAUGGUUGUAGAAAUGGGGGAGCCUGUAUUGCUUCAAAUGUCUGCGCCUGUCCACAGGGGUUCACUGGCCCAAGCUGUGAAACUG